CUCGGUUUGUGCUCAGUGAAACCUUCACCUGCCAUCAGACCCACGACCAAAAGACAGAUCAGUGGGAUCUAGACAAAGUGACAGCAAAAGGGAGAGCGCACGCAGCGAGCCACAAACUUUUUUCUUUGCACCUGCUGGAAUUUAAAGGAGUAGACAUCAAGACACGAGGACAUAGCAAAGUCUGGACGCUGAUGCAGCGAUGAGUCAGUCAGGGUCUACUGGAAGCAAGCAUGGAUCCUCCAACGGAGGACCAAGCAAAAUGAGUGCAAAAGAUUUAUUUGAACAGAGGAAAAAAUACUCCAACUCCAAUGUCAUCAAGCACGAAACAUCUCAGUACAAUGUGGAGCAUCUGGCAACAUUUUUGAUGGAUAAUAAUGAUGCCCUCGGCACUGUAGAAGAUUCCAUAAAGCGAUUAUUUCAGCUGGAAUCGAAGGACAAGAUCUGGGCUCAGGAGAUGGUUUUUCAAGUAAUGAACACAUCAAUCAGCCUUCUAGACAGUGGAACUCAGGAAGAACUGGAAAAUUUUCCCCUCUCCAUAGUCCAACACUGCCGUAGCAUUCAAGGUCCUCAUCGCUAUCCUCACCUGCUUCUUAUAGUAUGUCAAGAGCCUGAACAAAACAAACCUGAUAUACAUUUCUUCAACUGUGAGAUGGAGGCUGAACUGGUUCACGCAGAUAUAGAAAGUGCACUUGUGGACAUUAAACAUGGCAAGAAAAUGCGACUACAGACCCUCAAGAUUAACCAAGAGAGGAUCAAUCAAAGAGAAUCAAUCCUUCCUCCUGCCACCACACCAAAGCCCGUCAGAGAUAGCAAGAACCGUGUCAUUUCCCCAUCUUCAGGAAGUGAGAUUGAGUUUGAUCGAAGAAGUAACGUAUCGCAAGAACUGGAAGAAUCACGGGAAGCACUGGCAAAGAGGAUUGAGAAGGAUACACAAUGCUUAAACUGCACACUGGAUGACAUAGAGGUUUUUGUGGCAAGGCUACAAAAAGCAGCAGAAGCCUUCAAGCAACUGAACCAGAGAAAGAAAGGCAAAAAGAACAAAAAGAAAGGACCAGCAGAGGGAGUCUUGACGUUACGAUCUAGACCACCUAAUGAGCUAGAGUUCAUAGACUGCUUUCAGAAAAUCAAGCUGGCCAUCAACCUGUUGGCCAAGUUAAGAAAACAUAUCCAGAACCCUAGUUCAGCUGAACUGGUCCAUUUUAUCUUUGGACCACUGGAAUUGAUAAUUCAGAGCUCUGGAGGACCAGAGUUAGGAAGAUCUAUCACCUGUCCUCUCUUGUCCAAGGAUGCCACUGACUUCCUGAGGGGUCAUCUAACUCCAAAGGAAAUGCAAAUAUGGGAUAGUUUGGGAGAGAGGUGGACAAAAUCAAGGGCAGAGUGGCCAAAGGAACCUUUAAUCCCACAGUACAUACCAAGAUUUAAUAAUGGAUGGAUACCUCCAAUAGACAUCUUCCAUGGAGCACCUUGGGAGCAAGAUGUGGGACACCCACCAGAGCCUAUUAAACCCUUUUUUCUAGAAGAUCCACCAAAGCCAAAGGAAAAUCUUGGACCCAGGACGAAUCUUCCUCCUCCUAAUGGAAAUCCUUAUAGGACACCAUCAUUCAAACAACCGAACAUUCCUCCAGAAAUAAAGCCAGAGUAUAACACAGGACCUAAACUCACCAGUUAUAAUGCACCAGUGCCGGCACAGCCACAGAAAUGCGCCAAAAUUCGUUAUGACUUCACCGCUAGAAAUGCCACUGAGUUGUCAGUCCUGAAAGAUGAAGUCCUGGAGGUUCUGGAGGACAAUAAGCAGUGGUGGAAAUUAAGAAACAGAAUUGGGCAGGAGGGAUACGUCCCAUAUAAUAUCCUUGAUGUAGUAUCUACCGAGCAAUUUGACCAGUUAGAUAGUCAAAUGGUUGGGCCAAAGUACAAAGGAGAACUGAGCCCUAGAGCUCCCAUUAGCCCAGCAUAUAAGAUUCCUGGCAGUUAUGCUGGAGAUAAGUGGGGGAGUGAGACGACAGGAUGGUCCAACAAUCAGAAGGAGCAGAUAAUUCACAAUAUGGAUGAGUUGAAUGACGAACUCCUCAAGAAGCUGACAUCACAGCAGGCACCUAAAAGGAACUUUGCUGCACCAAAAGUUCAGCAAGUGCAUGCACCAUUAACCUUCCAGUCGGAGCCAGAAGAAGUCAAAGCCUGGCUCGAAGCAAAGGGCUUUAGUAAAGGAACUUCCGGGCAGUUGGGCAUAUUAAAUGGGGCACAACUUUUCUCUCUCAAUAAGGAGGAGCUGAAGAAAGUUUGUGGAGAAGAGGGUGCAAGGGUAUACAGCCAGCUGGCUGUACAGAAGUCUCAACUAGAGAAAAGUCAAGGGGAAUCAGAACUAGAGGAAAUCAUGAAACGACGUCAAGAAAAGAGUGAAACCAACUAGCAAAACAUCUCCCCUUUCUGUUCCUCUGCCCACGUAGCCUUGUAAAAUCACUUGCUGCAGAUAUUCAUGCCUCUGGCUGCAGAAGGUUUAUGUCUUGACACCCACAACUUGCAAGGAACAUAAGACAUUGACCUCAGCAGGAAAUAUAUAUAAAUGUAUACAGAUGUAGCAGGGUUAGCACUCAAACU